AUGAAUUCCCCCAUCGGCCACCGCAUCACGAGGACGGAGUUCAGCGCCACGCCAUCCCGCGCCGCCGCGGUGAACAUGCCGCCGCCGCCGGUGACGACGGAGGCUUCGUCUCUAAGCAACAAGAGAAGAAGGCCGUCCACCACAGUUCCCGGUCGAACUCGCGCGGUGGUGCUUGCGGACGACAUCAUAUUGGAGGUGCUACCCCGGCUCCCCGUCAAGUCCAUUCUCCGUUUCCGGGCCGUCUGCCGCUCCUGGGCUGCGCUCUUCUCCUCCAAGGAUUUCUGCAGCCUCCACCACAUGGCCACCACGAAGGCGACGACACCAGCACCAAAGCUACUGCUAGUCUCGCUCACAUCGAAAUCGGACACCGCCAAGGUGUACUCAUGCCCCCUGUCAGGAGGAGGCGGCCACAGAGAUGAUUUACUCUUCACCAUUGACGGUGCCGCCAGUAACUCUUUGCAAGUAGUGACACCCUCAACAUGCUAUGGACUCACACUUCUAUCUGAUUCUCAUGCUGAUGCGCGAGCUUACUAUGUUUGCAAUGCCGCCACACGGGCAAUUGCGCGUCUGCCACCUUGCCGCUAUCCUCCAUACAAGUCCAGUGCUGGCCUGGGCUUCGAUGACCAGACAAGGGAGUACAAGGUGGUGAUGCUGAACAUUGGGUAUAUCCAUGGAAAUAAGGCGGCCAUGUGUGAUGUGUACACACCAGGAGCUGAUUGUUGGAGGCCGGCGGCUCGACAAGUACCCUUUGGGUUGUUCCGGUUUGCAGUUUCUGCGAUUACUCAUGCAUCCCUGAACGAAAUACAGCCAGUGUUUGCCAAUGGAUUCCUGCAUUGGCUGAUCAGUCCAAAUUUUCUCGGUGAAAGGCCAGAAGCUGCUAUCAUAUUGUUUUUCGUCGCAGAGGAGACCUUUGGAUCCGUCCCUUCACCGCCAUUCUGGGGACCAACAGAGGGUGGGCGUCCCUGGUCCCAGGCAAAAGGGGAGCACCUGGUUGUGAUGGAUGGCCAUGUGUGUAUUGUACGGAACCUUUGUGACAGGAUCCUUGUUAGCGCCGCCUUGGAGAUUUGGGGACUACUGGACUAUGGCUCUGGUGACUGGUCCAUGAGUCAUCGAAUCGAUUUGUUUGGGCACGUUGGAAGAGAAUUAUGCGAGGCACAUUUUGUGAAGGUUAUUGGUUCGGUUGGCAAUUGCAGGUCUACGAAGAAAAUUGUGAUUUUUACUAGGAGUUACUUUGGUCACAUGUCUCCUCAAAAGGUUUACACCUAUGAUCCUAGGUGUCAACUUCUGCAGGACAUCCGUUCCAUCACCGAGAGACACACCUCUGCUGCACCCUUGUUCCCUGGUCCAAGAUUCAGCUUAUUUGAAGAGAGCCUUGCUCCAGUGCACAAAUUUGGUCAAGAGCUUGCCCUGCCAUCUACCCUGCCUAAGGAAACUAAAGAAACUACCACUACAAACUAG